GAAGAUUCAGUCUGGUGGGAUGUAUUUUUUUGUUAAAUAAAUUUUGUAUUUUAUUCGUAAACGUAGCCGAUCAUGUCUGAACUUUUAAAGUCAGCGUUCGGCUACUUUAGCAGCAAUAAUGUAAAUGGUCAAGAAAAUGACUUUGUUGGAAAAUGGGUAGAAAUUGGAAAUGUCAAAUUGAUGGUUAAACGAGUCAUAGCAGAAGGUGGCUUUGCGUUUGUGUUUGUGGCACAAGACCCAGCAACGGGGAAGGAGUACGCCCUCAAGAGAUUGCUGGCAGCUGAUGAUGCUGCAAACAAGAACAUCAUGCAAGAAAUAACGAUCCUUAAGAGGUUGUCGGGCCACCCCAACAUCAUCCAGUUCCACUCGGCAGCCUUCAUCGACAAGGCCAAGUCCGGUCACGGGAUGGGCGAGUACCUGCUGCUGACAGAGCUGUGCUCAGGGGGCAGCCUGGUGGACGUCCUGUCCGCGCGCAGCACGGCUCUGCCCCCGGACGUGGUGUGCCGUGUGUUCUGGCAAGCAUGCCGCGCCGUGCAGCACAUGCACGCCCAGACGCCCCCCGUCAGCCACCGCGACCUCAAGAUAGAGAACUUGUUGAUCGGAGCGGACGGGAACAUUAAGCUGUGCGACUUUGGCAGUGCCACCACGCUGACGUACCACCCAGACCCUUCCUGGUCAGCCAAUCAGAGGUCGCUUCUGGAGGAAGAGGUGGCCAGGUUCACGACGCCCAUGUACCGCGCCCCGGAGAUGGUGGACACGUGGAACAACUACCCCAUCACUCCGGCGUCGGACGUGUGGGCGCUGGGCUGCGUGCUCUACACGCUGUGCUACAUGCGCCACCCGUUCGAGGACGGCGCCAAGCUGCGCAUCAUCAACGCCAACUACAGCAUCCCGGCCGGCGACACCAAGUACUCCUGCUUCCACGACCUCAUACGGGGCUGCUUCCACGUGAACCCCGCUCAGCGCAUGAGCGUGUCCGACCUGCUGGAGCGGCUGGCGGCCAUCGCGGAGAGCCUCGGCUUCAGCCUGAAGGAGCCGCUGGGCCUGGAGGGGCGGUCCCUCGACAGCGACCCUCCCGACGGCCAGGACGGGCCCGGUGCGGACAGGAACGCGGCGAGUGCGACGGUGAACAACAACGAUGAGCCGGGGGAGGGCCGCAAGGUGCCCCAGCGCCCGCCCCCCCGGCCGCCCAGCGCCCCCCGCCCCCCGCCCCCCAACCCCUCUCCCGCCCACAGGGCCCCGCCCCCGCCCCCGCCGGCCUCGGGGGGCGGCAUCUUCUCCUCGCUGCGCGGUGGCGCCGGCAGCUUCUUCAGGAACCUCAAGGACACGUCCAGCAAGGUCAUGCAGACUGUGCAGCAGAGCAUCACGAGGUCGGACCUGGACAUCAGCUACGUGACGUCGCGUCUGCUGGUGAUGCCCUUCCCCGCCGAGGGGCUGGAGUCUGCGUACCGCAGCAACCACGCGGACGACGUGCGAGCGUGGCUGGAGACGCGGCACCCAGGCUGCCAGUACGCGGUGUACAACCUGUCGGGUCGCUCGUACCCGUCGGCCCGCCUGGGCGGCCGCGUGGUGGACUGCGGCUGGUCGUCGCACACCCAGGGCUCGUCGGCGGGCGUGGUGAGGCACGCUCCCCCUCUGCACGCCCUCUACACGCUGUGCGACGACAUGCACGCCUUCCUCCAGCAGGAUCCCCGCAACGUCUGUGUCGUGCACUGCACGGACGGCAAGGCUGUGUCUGCCACGCUGGUUUGUGCGUUCCUCAUGUUCGUCAACAUGUUCCACAAGCCCGAGGACGCGGCGCAGAUGUUCGCGGUCAAGCGCUCGCCGCCCGGACUGCAGCCUUCUGAGACCAGGUACCUGUACUACAUGAGCCACAUCCUGCGGGAACCUGCGCUGCAGCCUCACUUCCGCCCGGUGACUCUGAUAUCCGCCACCCUGCAGCCCGUGCCUCUCUUCACCAAAGUCAGGGACGGAUGCCGGCCGUACGUAGAGGUGUACCAAGGAGGGGACCGCGUUGUGUCCACUCUGCAGGAGUAUGAGCGGCUCAGGCACUUCAACAUCACUGAAGGGAAACGGGCGUUGUUCCAGAUCACGCUGCCCCUGAACGUGUCGGUGCUGGGCGACGUGACGGUGGUGGCGUACCACGCGCGCCACACGCUGGGCGGGGUGAUGUCCCAGGGCCGCCCCACCGGGAUCAAGAUGGCCCAAGUCCAGUUCCACACCGGCUUCAUCGCGGAGGAGGAGACCAGUCUGCGCUUCACCAAGAAGGACCUGGACGACCUGGCGGACACGGAGCACUACCAGGACAGGUUCCUGCUCAUCCUGAACGUGUUCGUGCUGGACGAUGAGCGCCGGCCCAGCAAGCCCAUGCCCUGGCAGGGCCACGCCUCGCGCAGCCUCAAGCCCGACGUGCUCUUCUCCUCACAGAUGGAGCGCGACGAGGCGUUCGACACCUUCGUGACAAGCGCCACCUCCGGCACACCGCCCAAGAGUCAGCGUCCCCAGAGGCCCGUCCCGCCCGUGCCUCGCGCUGUCGUCCGCGAGUAUCGUGACAGCAGCGGCUCCGACUCGGAAGUCAAGCCUGCUCCCGGGGAGGACAAGGCCGGUGCGCUGAUAGACGACGGAGCAGAGCAGCCUGCCGCGCCUGUGCCGGUGCCCGCAACAGAGGCAGACCUCCUGAACAUGGGCGGUGAUGGCGGGGCUGGGGUUGACCUGCUGGGGCUGUCCGGGGCCGACGCCCCUCCCGCCAGCAACGUCGACCUGCUGGGGGGGUUCCCCGCCCCCAGACCCGCCCCCUCCACCACGGCCGUGUUCGACGGCUUCAGCGAUCUGCCCGCGCCCCCGAGCCACCCCAAGAAGGAUCUGUUCGACCCGUUUGGGGGAACCGACUUCGAGAGCAACGAGUCGCUCUCCAAUGGGGUCGGAGUGGCAGCUCCGAGUAAGGCAGCGACUGCCAACCUGCUGGGAAGCUGGGACGGCUUCAUGGGCGCCUCUGCCCCUCCGGGCCCCACCGCCGGCCUCAAGCCCUCCUCCACCAUCCCCCGCAACGCCAGCACACCCAACCUCGAGUCCCGUGCCCGCGACCCCUUCGCGGACAUUGGCAACCUGGGCUCCGGGCUGGGCGCGGGCUGGGCCGGAGGCUCCAAGCCAACCACGCCCGUCAACGGCACGCCGCGGGCGGGCAGCCCCACCAACGGUGCUGGCGGCACGCCACAGCACAGGCCCACGCAGGCAGCGCCAGGCAGCACGUCUCCCAAGCCCGGUCUCACGCCCACAGGCACGCCACAACACCAGGCCAGGACGCCCAACGCCGACUACAGCCGCACCCACUUCGACUCCGUCUUCUCCGGCAAGCCGGAUGCCAACAACAAACCCAAAAGGAGCGGGGACGUGUUUGGGGACCUGCUGGGGAGCCAGGGCUACGAGUUCGCGGCCAAGAAGGAGCUGGGGCCCAGGACCAUCAACGAGAUGAGGAAGGAAGAGCUGGCCAAGGACAUGGACCCCGAGAAACUGAAGAUCCUGGAGUGGGUGGAGGGCAAGACCCACAACAUCCGCGCGCUGCUGUGCUCCAUGCACACGGUGGUGUGGGACGACUGCAAGUGGAGCAAGGCGGACAUGAGCCAGCUGGUGACGCCCGCCGACGUGAAGAGGGCGUACCGGCGCGCCUGCCUCGCUGUGCACCCCGACAAGCAAAUGGGAACAGACAACGAGAGCAUUGCCAAGCAGAUAUUCAUGGAGCUGAACAACGCCUGGAGCGAGUUCGAGAACGACGCCAGUCAACAGCAGAUCUUCACCGCCAACUAGUCCGCGAGUGUCGAGCGUUCCGGAGCCACCGGCUUCAUCGCGAGCAUUCCGAGAUCUUCUUCGAAUGUACAUCCGACCUUGAAACUUGGCAUUCCUCAGUUGCGAAGGGGGGGAGGGGGGACGCUAUUCUCCAGAAAGUCGCAGGCUUCGUGUGACCCAGCCUGGCUAGAGCGUUGCAAUGCCAGAUCACUUCACGUAGUAUUUGCAGCUGUGUGUAGUGCAUGUACACAUGUACAGUAGUAACCAUGGUUGCGGUUGUAACGUCGUCAAUGAUGCCCUUGCCUGGUCGCUUGUAACCUCCUUGUAAAAGUCUUUAAAACCACGUGUACAGAAGUUAUGACAAAUUCAUUAUUGAACUCGUGUGUAUAUUGAGAGAUGGGAUUGUAAAGAAAGUAAAUAGUCUACAUGUACAGUGUAAAAAUGACAAUGUAAUUAGUUUAAGCAUUUCUAAUAGCUUUAAUUUAUUUCAUGUAGCAAUUUAUUUUGAUGGUCAUUGUCUGUUUUUGGCAGUGAAUUUUUUUGUGUUGCUCACUGUGUGUAUUAUCAUUUUUGAUGAUGAUUUAUUGUGGAUUUGGCUAUUUAUCUUUUUAUAAAAGAUACCAACCACGUAGUUACGUAACUAUACUUGUGUUGAGUUCCAUGCCCACUAUGUAAUUGGGUGUUUGUAUAUAUAUUGUGUAUAUUUAGUCUUAAGUCGUGAGUGGGGACAGUUUUCUGUAAGAUACAAUCCUGGUACUUUAUUUUUAUAUUGUGUCAUUUUGUUGUUUAGAAUUUAUGUAGUUCCAUAUUUUACUAUUUACAAUUCAGAGAUUUUUUUGAACUUUGAAAUUAUAUUUCUUUGAGUCAUAUUCAUAAUGUUGACUUGCAAAUGUUUGCCUCGUUGCUUGUAUUGUACCCUUGUAAAUUUUUCUUGAUUAUUUCUAACGUUGUGCAUAGUUCUAAAAUGUACUAUUUCUAUAUUUCUAUUCCACGCUUCCAUCAUUUCAGUUUUCUGUCUUGGCAUAUGUUUAAUUGCAAAAGUGGGUUGUAGUGAAUUUGCUGCUCUAAUUUCAUGCUGUACAGUUGUUAGUAAAUAUGUUCAUAGCAGUUAACGAUGAUAUGGUUUUAAAAAUUUAAGUUGUAAUUUUGCAAUGAUUUAAAUGUUAUACCAUAUUAUUAUAAACUAUCAUCUGAGUCAACUGACGACCAUUCAAAAUAAUUUGAAAAAUAGUUACAGUUGAUGGAAGAGUGCAGUGUAAUUCAUUUUGCGAGAAACAUUUAAUCACAGAUUUUUGUAAGUGUCCUUGUUUUAUUAAUUUUUUUUUUUUUGUGAAAUAAUAUCUUUUGUAGAUUAGCUUCUUGAAGUCAGAGCGCUUUUUUUUUCUCGAAGCAGUCGUUACAUUGUCCUUGUAUUUGCCAAGUACUAUAGUUGAAGCUUUAUUGUGUGGUUUGUAUAACUCAAUCGUGCAGUGGUUCUCAGUUAAAUACUAAAUAGCUAGUGUUGCUUGUGGACUCGUCCAGUACAGGUAUGUUCUGUUAAAAUUCUUUUUUAAACAUUUCUGUGAUGUGUAAUGUUAAGACCUGUGCGAAUAUAAAUUUUUUAGUUCAAAUCAAAUACUAGUACGAAUAUCAAAUUAUUUGCAAAUACGAAAAUAAGUUAGUCAGCUACAAUAAUUAUAUGAAUAAUGUUUGUUAAAAUAUGUUAAAUAAGAAUUUUUUUUAAUUGUGCAGCUAACCUUACCUAACCUUACCUAACCUAAAAACCAAACCAACUCUCAUUUAUCCAGAAAAUUUUCGCGAACCACAAAUUACAGAGAAAUCCAUUGCAAUCUAUUUUGAAGAAGUUAAUUUUUUUUUUUAAAUCUUGUAUUCCCAAAAUUAGGGAUUGAAUAUUAUAAUAUUUACAUUUAAACCAUAGUUAUUCAUGAGUUUCCUUUUUUAAUGGCAGCCAGGUAACUUGUAUUUUAGUUCAGCAAUAUGUAUUAUAAACACAAUUUUUGCUAUUUUCAUCUGGAAUCUUUAACCAUUAUUUACGUUAUUUCUAUUAUUUUUUGAGCCGGAACAUUUUUUUCGUUAUAGAUAUAUACUGAAAGUAAACUGCUACUGUAUCACAUGGUGUUAGUUCGAUUGUGACUAUCAAUUUAUUUGCUGUAGAGACUAUGACGAUUACUUCUUUAAAUACCCAUUUUGAUGGAGUGUAAAGUUUGUGUUCAUGUAGUCCAUGGUGGAAGCAAGUAAUAAAGCUACUAUUUACUGAUUUUCAUGGAUUAUAUAUUUGCAGGUUAUGAUUUAAUUUCCGAGAUUGUCUGGUUUAAAAGCUAAUUUGAAUGAUUAUUUAACAACAAAUAUUGUUACUUGCAUUAUACUCUGUGUAUUUUAUAUUGAACUUUUCUUUUAGAACAUCGUUUUUGCUUAUUUAAGCAUAACCAACAAAAAGUCUCAAAAUGUCUUAUCAAGCCAAUUUCUCAACCUAAAUGUGAAGGCAUAGUUAAGUAUAGAAGUAUAAAUUCAAUCAAUGUUCUAUAAAUAUUACAAAACUAUUAACUCAAAGCAUUGAAAAAUGUAUUAAUAUAAUGGCAAAAUAUUUUUCAAGCAGGAGACAAUUUUCCUGUAUUGUUGGCUAAUUUAAACAAAUGUGUCAAUGUCAUUGGAGUUUUCAAAGAUUUAACAUUGAUGUAUGACAUAAAAGAGGAAUUGAACAAAAUCCCUUGAAAGUUUGUCAAAACAAAAACCAAAAUUAUUAUUUUACAUUUUGAAAUGCAGAAAUUAGCAUUAUGUAUAGCAAUUGCUAUUUUUUCAUGUCUGUAUUUAUCGGUCUAGAUUGGCUGUGUUGGUUAGGGAUACAAAGUGGUGUUCCUAGAUGCUUGGGUAAGGUAGCGAAUAAGCACUGCCUUUUUGGGAUACAACCGUAACGUAACUCGUGGGCCGUAUUCCAGAAUGUGUCCAAACCAAAUCCCAGUAAGGUAACAGAUAGGCAACCGUUUUAAUAAACAGUGUCCUUAGCGAGGCUAGAAACUAGUUCCAACAGAAACUGGUUCUAGUAGAAGUUUAGCAUCCAUCAAUACAAUUAUUGCUGCGGCAAAAAUCCUGGAGAUAAUAGCACCAUCGCUCAAAAAUGGAACCAUCUUUCUAAUCUUCUGAACUAUUUUUUAAGUUGGGAUUUUUUCCUUGUAAUGAUUAUUUAAGUGUACAAAAUGUAUUCCAGGAUAGUUUCACUACCAUAAAGUUUCAUAUGGCACAUCUGAAUGCUUGGUACGUCCGGUCCCCCAAUGAUCAGUAAAAUGACUACAUACAAGUUAAUGGCUCCAGGCCGUCUGCGCAUGCACGGAAGAUGGAGAAAUGGAUAGGUCACAGGAUAGGACACCAAAAUUCGUUCCCUAAAAAUAAGGGCCUAGCCAUGGCCUACAUAAGGGUUUGUGAAUGGUUUUGUGCUCUAGGAAUAAGGUUAGGGUACAGGUGUAGCAUAUUCAACACCUAAACCCUUAUCUUUGUGUCUUGGAAUACCGGCCUUAGUCACCAAACAAAUUUAAAUUUAUCAGGUUCAUCUGUGCAAUAUAGAGAAUGACACCAUGUAAUGUUCUUUUUUUAACUAGUGCCAAUGUUCAUUGCGCUUCUACAGCGAAAGCUAUCCUGGUACUUUCCUUGUAUCAAAAUGAAAUCAAACCUAGUCAUGUGAAAACUUCCUGGUGAAACUAAGGUUGAUUAUACCUAUUAAUUUGAAGUUACAUUCUUGAAACACUUAUGAUCAAACAGCAAUUAUAGUCAGAAUAUUUUUAGUAGCCAACAUGAGUAAAGAUGAACAUGACAAGAUCUUGGCAUCAAUCAAGUUGAAACAUCUGUAAAUUGUAUUUUUCUCUCUCUCACAAUUUUUGGGUUGUGCAAAUAUUCAAUAAUGAGACAUUUAUAGCAUUCAUUUGCGAUUUAUAUUUUUAAAAAAAUUUUUCUUGAUGUCAAUGAAAUGAAAAUUGUUGAAUAAAAUGAUUAAUUGAGUACCUAGCAAACAUUCAGUUGGGUUUAUAUGGAGUUACUGUACCAGUUUGGAAUCCAUUUUCUUUUCUAAUGAAAUUUUCAAAUUUUUAAAGUUAAGCAUUAGCUCCAUCCAAUUGUACAAAAUUUUCUUUGAAUAUAAAAUGACCUAAAAUACAAAAUAAUUGAAUGUGAGGCACCCUCGAACACGGAACACUCCGAACGUAAUGCGGCCCAGGGACUAAAGGAGAAUCUCGAGGUUAGGUCAGUCUUGGUUACAAGACAGUUUUAUCACUUUCGUAAAAAAGUCAAGAAAAAAUACUUGCAGUGGUUUGUGUGAAGAUAAGUUGCUUUAGUUGGUGAAGUAAAUAAACACACAAGCCAUAAAUACCAUUACUUCUACACUGAUGUAGAUAUUUGGUAAUGGUGAAGUUUCUAACAUCUGCCACAAUUCAAUCCUUGCUUUAAAGAACACAAGUUGUACACAAACUGUUACUCCAUGAGCAAGUAUCUUUUGAUGGGGGGGGGAUAACAGCUGUUUCCAUACUUUAUACAGUUCAUUUUAUUUACCAAAAGUGGUCAUUUUUGUAUCUUAAUUUAUCAUACCAACCUUUGUUCAACCCUUCAGAUUUCAAUUUUUUUAUUAUUAUUAAUAUUGUAUCCAGCACAAGCACUAACUCAAAAAAAUGUUUGGAAACCUGAAAACACAAUUGUAAAAUUUUGAAGUUAUUGAAAUUAUGAUAUUAUGUAUGUUCUUUGUGAAAUACUGAGGAAAAGCAUUCUGUGCAACUACAUAGUGUCUUUGUGAAAAAGUUAUUUAAGUGAAAAUAUCAACAGGUUGUUUACACUGUAGAGAAUAAUUUUUGAAUUUUUUAGUCAGUACCAGUUACUGUAUUAAAUUGCAAGAAAAAUAACAGCACUUAAAAAAACUGUCUCUGAAGCAGUCAACAAUAAUUUAUUUGUAUACACACAAUGCAUUAAAUCAUGCACAAAAGAGAUCAAAAUGUUUUCCAUUACAUACUCAGUGGUGAGAUUUGUUAAACAGCACUUUAUUGCAUGUAAAUCUGUCUACCGCUUAUUACAGUUCUGGCCUCUGCAGUGUAAACUACUUUUUGUUUGUGGUUUCUUUGUAAGCGACAUCUUUCAGAGUGAAGUCCUUUUAGCGUUAAUUACUUCACUAUGUGGUUCUCCAUGUACUGUAAUGGAAAAAUUCUGUAUUCCAUUUUAGCUGUUGUGCUAACUAAUGUGUGUGAUAACAUUUCUUGACUUUGACAGUGUAAUCUCAUGUUUUUAUUUACGUGUCCUCUCUACUUGUGUUAUGUUGCAACGGAUGCUACUUACGAGCAACAUGGUACGUGUAAGCUGUAACUAAAUGGGUCUUGGGAGUCUUCGCUGCUGUUAAAUGUUAUGUGAAACUUAGAACAUUUGAUUUAUUAUUUCCAGAGCAUUUGAGCUUUGUAUCAAGAUACAUUGCUUAAAAGGUAUGGAUAUUAGGUGAAGAUAGAUUAAUAGAAGUAGAAUGUUUGAACAACAGACAUGAUUGGGUUCAACAACUUGUGUGAUUAUUUUAAUAGUUAAUGUGACAUGUUUUGCUUGCUUGCUCCUUUGUCUGUAAGUGUCUCGCACAUUGUGGCAUGCUUCGUGCAAGGAGUUCUGCUCGAAUCACAACCCUUCAGACAGGCUGACAUCUGGUGCUACGUUCCAACCAACCGGACGCAUCGGCUCUGCUAUCAGCGUCUGUGUUCAUUCUCUCGGACGCAGUACCUUCUUACAUACUGUUUACACAUUUCAUUUCAACAGAGCUGAACUUAUGUUGCAAAUUAAAAAUUAAUUAUUGAAUAGGUAUUGGUUGGUAGUUAACAAACUUUCACAAAUCCACUUUUAUUAAUACUCAGAAACUGCUCUAAGAUUUUAUAUCUGUCACACUGUUCAAACACCGUGCAUCAUUACAUUUUUCUGGUAGUGCUAUUCGCAAAGGAACUGUGAAGUUGAUGCUACAGCCAUUCCAGCAUUUUGCUUAUUGUGACGUGGUUUUCUCAAAAUGGACAUCAGUUCUCAAAUUGUUGCGGAUUAUUUGUGUAGAUAUUUGAAAAUGCAAUAUAUUUAAGAGGAAUAAUAUAGUCAAAGAGGCAAACAGUAGUUGCAACUCCAUAUUUACAUGCUGUUCAAAAUAUUACUUGAGUUUGAAAAUUAAAUAGUUAUAGUUUCAAUUCAUUUGUUGGCCUUGUGCUUUUUUAAUUUAGUAUUUUACAGUACACAUGAGCAAACAUCAUUUUUGGAAGUUUCAUUUUAUUUCCAGUGUCUGAAGAGUCUAACAUCAUUUUAUCUUUACCCAAAAAUUUUCUUAAUGUACAAGUAAACAUACAUCCAUGCAACAAAAGCUAACUAAACCAUAAAAUUUAAAUAAUUUAUGGUUGUAAACUAAUCUAAAAUUUACUUGAUGUAUCAAGUGUCCAAAUUAACCAUGUUACAGCAGUUCAGGCAAUUUAGUACCUAUUUAAGGCAGUUAGCUUUCUCGGUUAUAGGUUGCCCUAACCGACCGAACAUUAACAAAUGGAAACCAAUAGUUAGAUAUUUCAGUUUAUUUCUAAUUCCAACUGUCUUAUGUUUCAUAACUUUUUCAUACAUUUCCUUGUAUAGCAUUUUCUCAACCUCACAGUGCACUGGAUGGUAUUUGUUUGAAAAUAUUGAUGUGAAAGACAGUUAAAUUGUGCUUUAAAAUAUCUGCACUUGGCUGAUCGCCGGCUAGCCGUGGCAUUAUGCCUCAUUCUUAGAGUUUGUGGUCGUUGAGCAGUUUGUGUGUGUUCCUACAUCUGCUGGCAUCUGUAAACCCAUCAUCUCCCGUGUACAUGUUCACGCAAGUGGCUGGAAAACUUGUUUUUAUCUCUGGGAAGUUUGAUAGUUGAAGCACCCAAGACCUGCUGAUGUAUUACAAACUCUUGGAUAUGUAAACUACGUUCUUGAAUGGUAUUUAUCAACAUAUAUUUAUAUAUACAUAUAGCAGCUUUGCACAUAGUUUUAGUAUUGUAUGCAAUAAAUUGGUUUAAGUAAAUUUUUUUGUAUGUCAUGCCCAAAGUACUUAAAUAUUUGUUGUAUGUAUUUAGUGUAUUGUUGGCUCUUUAAGAAUUAUUUUUAUGAAUGAUACUAUGUAUGUAAAAAGCAUACUUAAAAAUUUGCCUGAUCACGUGGUGUAAAUAUUCAACACAAUAAACAUGUACAAAGUU